ACAAUACAUCACAUUUUUGUUGACAAAAAUAUACUCCAACUUUCAUCUUUAUUUCUGUGUUCUUCAAACUUCAAACCCUUAAAUCUCUCCUUUCAUCAUCCUCUUCCUCUAUAUUCUUUCUAGAUUCCACAUACAUACUCUCAGAUUCAACGCAUCUCACUCAAUUCAUCCAAUUCCUCUUUUAAUCUAUCUCCAUUUGAUCUCAAAUUCAAUCACACAGUUCGAUCGCCAUUUUCUCACCUCUAACUUGUUACAAACCCUAGCUUAUCAUUUACUCCGUACAGUUUGUGUAUAUCCAGCUGAGAUUAUGAAAUUUGAAGUUUGAACUGAUAUAAUUGGGGAUCGAGUUCGUAAAUUGAAGUUUGGAUUCGAAUUCAACAGUUAUUGGUAGGUGUUGUUAGAAACUGAAAUUGAAGAAUUGAAGAAGAGCGAGAUCGAUCUGGAAUUUAUAUAUAUAGUCAACAUAUUUGUUUGACGAGAUUGGAGACACAGGGAUCACAGUUUUGGAUCCGGUUUGGAGUGUAACAGCGCCAUUAGAUGGCGCUGUUCAAACGCUUCUUUUACCGGAAGCCGCCGGAUCGCCUUCUCGAGAUCUCCGAGAGGGUUUACGUUUUUGAUUGCUGCUUCUCAACUGACGUACUUGAAGAAGAUGAGUACAAGGUUUACAUGGGUGGCAUUGUGGCUGAACUCCAAGACUAUUAUCCCGAUUCAUCUUUCAUGGUUUUUAACUUUAGAGAAGGUGACAAAAGGACCCAAAUUUCGGACAUAUUAUCUCAAUACGACAUGACAGUAAUGGAAUACCCUAGACAAUAUGAAGGAUGCCCAAUGUUACCAUUAGAAAUGAUUCAUCACUUUUUGAGAUCUAGCGAAAGCUGGCUGUCAUUAGCAGGUCAACAAAACGUGCUUUUAAUGCAUUGUGAAAGGGGCGGGUGGCCCGUCCUUGCGUUUAUGCUUGCGGCCCUUCUUUUAUUUAGAAAACAAUACAAUGGCGAACAAAAGACUCUUGAAAUGGUGUAUAAGCAAGCUCCUAAAGAGCUACUUCAGCUUUUAACACCUUUAAAUCCACAACCUUCUCAAUUGAGGUAUCUUCAGUACAUUUCCAGAAGAAAUUUAGGUUCUGAUUGGCCGCCCUCAGACACACCGUUAGCUUUGGAUCGUAUCGUACUUAAUUUCCUUCCUUCAUUUGGUGAAAAGGGUUGUCGACCUGUAAUUCGAAUCUAUGGUCAAGAUUCAUCUUCAACAACAGCCAAUAGGGGCUCCAAACUUUUAUUUACAUCCUCCAAAAACAAAAAACAAGCCCGCUACUAUCAACCGGAAGAGUGUGAAGUGGUGAACAUCGAUAUUCAUCACCGUGUUCAAGGGGAUGUGGUUCUUGAAUGCAUACAUUUGGAUCAUGUUAGGGAGGAAAUGAUAUUUAGAGUAAUGUUUCACACGACAUUUGUACGAAGCCGUAUACUGACUUUUAGUCGUGAUGACGUUGAUGUUAUAUGGGAUGCACGGGACCAGAUACCAAAGAACUUUAAAGCGGAGGUACGUUUUUCAGAUGCUGAUGCUUUAACAACAUCUAUGAUCACCACAGAAGAAGAAUUUGAAGAUGAGAAUGGGACAGAAAGUCCUACGCAUGAAGAGUUUUUUGAAGUAGAAGAGAUUUUUAGCAAUGCGGUUGAAGUGCAAGAUGGUCUUUUACCUAAAGAAGUUAAACUUGGUGUUGAAAAUGGUGAUAUCAUCUUAAAGGAAGAACCAGAACCAGAACCAGAACCAGAAGUUGAUGCAUUUGAAGACUAUGAAUCAGAUGAUGGGAACAAAAAACCAGAAACUAAGGUUUUUCAGAAUGAUGUUAAUGGUGGUUUGAAGCUCACGGUGGCGGUUGCUAAUGAAGAUACUCAGCCAGACGGGAUUGGGAAGGAAGUUAAGGUGGUGGAGGUAAAAAGUAAAGAGAAAGAAGAGGGUACAGGGAAGAAAUUGAGUAAAAAAAAUUCAAAAGUUGGUUUGGAUGGAAAGCAAAAAGGUAAGCCGGAAGCUGGGGCGACUACGAGAGUUGCGAAACCAAAUGUGGUGUCACGGUGGAUCCCACCUAAUAAAGGGCCGUAUACGAAUUCGGUGCAUGUGUCGUAUCCGCCUACAAGAUAUAAUAGUGCACCUCCAGUGUUAGAUGGACUACCAAAGGAUGAGAAGAAGUCGGUUGAAGGUACUGCUAAUAAAACAGAGAGUAAAACUAGGAAACAAACAGGUCAAGUGGUUGACUCUUCAGCUCUGACUUUGCCUCCCUCUACUGUUAAGUCAGCGGGUUCUUUUGUUAGUAAUUUGGAAGAAAAGUCACCAAAGGUUACCUCACCACUUCCUCCACUACCACCACCUUCUCCUUCAACUGAUAGGGAUAAUUUUGCACAAGCUACAACCAAGGCCCCUCCACCGCCACCACCAUCGCCCCCACCCCCUCCCCCUCCUCCACCACCACCCCCUCCUGCAUCAUCCAGUAUCUACAACAUUAAUGCAGCUGCUAUUCCACCUCCACCUCCGCCUCCGCCUCCACGAUAUGGUUUCACAUCUCCCCCGCCCCCACCUCCACCCCCGCCUCCAAUGUAUGGAUCCCCAUAUCCUCCACCCCCACCACCGCCCCCACCUCCACCCCCAGUGUAUGGAUCCUCAUCUCCUCCACCACCACCACCACCCCCACCUCUGAUGUAUGGAUCCCCAUCUCCUCCGCCCCCACCCCCACCCCCACCCCCACCUCAGAGGUAUGGUGCCCCUUCUCCUCCACCGCCACCGCCACCCCCGCCUCCAAUGUAUGGAGCCUCAUCAACAUCCUUAGGUUCUACACCUUCAAUGUAUCAUGCUCCAUCUCCACCACCACCACCUCCACCGCCACCACCAACAUAUGGAUCCCCAUCACUGCCUCCACCACCACCACCACCACCACCUCUUCCUCCUUCACGAAGUGCCCCUCCUCCUCCUCCCCCUCCUCCUUUGCAAAGUUUUCGACCUCCACCUCCCGCUCCACCUCCGCCUCCAAUGUAUGGGGGAGCACCUUCACCUCCCCCAAUCCGUGGAGCACCUCCUCCUCCACCACCACCACCACCUGGAGGCCGCGCACCCGGACCUCCUCCACCACCACCUCCACCCGGAGGCCGUGCACCCGGACCUCCUCCUCCACCACCACCUCCACCCGGAGGCCGUGCACCCGGACCUCCUCCACCACCACCACCUCCACCCGGAGGCCGUGCACCCGGACCUCCUCCACCACCACCUCCACCCGGAGGCCGCGCACCCGGACCUCCGCCUCCGCCACCUCCACCAGGUGGUCGUGCACCCGGGCCUCCUCCACCACCGCCUCCACCAGGUGGCCGUGCACCCGGGCCGCCGCCUCCACCACCUCCACCAGGUGGCCGUGCACCCGGGCCGCCACCACCACCUCCACCAGGUGGUCGUGCACCCGGACCUCCUCCACCACCGCCACCAGGUGGCCGUGGUGGACCACCUCCUCCCCCUGGACCACCAAGGCCUCCAGGUGCUGGCCCUCCACCACCUCCGUUGGGACCUCGUGCACCUGGACCACCAAGCAAUGGCCCCAUUCCACCUAGAGGCCGAGGACUUGCACGUCCUACUGGACCAGCUGCAGCACCACGAAGAUCUAAUUUAAAGCCUCUGCACUGGAGCAAAGUUACCCGUGUAUUGCAAGGAAGCUUGUGGGAAGAAUUACAAAGACUUGGAGAGCCUCAAAUUGCACCAGAUUUUGAUGUGUCAGAACUUGAGACGCUAUUCUCUGCUACAGUCCCAAAGAAAGAUACUACUAAAGGAGGAGGGCGGCGCAAGUCUACUGGUUCAAAAACUGAAAAAGUUCACUUGGUUGAUUUGAGGAGGGCUAAUAACACGGAAAUCAUGCUUACAAAGGUCAAGAUGCCACUUCCUGACAUGAUGGCUGCUGCUUUAGCUAUGGAUGAAUCAAUUUUAGAUGCUGAUCAAGUAGAGAAUCUUAUUAAGUUUUGUCCUACUAAAGAAGAGAUGGAACUUCUCAAGAAUUAUACAGGUGACAAGGAGAUGCUGGGCAAGUGUGAACAGUUCUUUUUGGAGCUCAUGAAGGUGCCACGUGUGGAGUCAAAGUUACGCGUGUUUCUGUUCAAAAUUCAAUUUAAUACCCAGCUUUCAGAGUUUAAGAAGAGUUUGAACACUGUAAACUCUGCAUGUGAUGAGGUCCGAACUUCUGUUAAAUUGAAGGAAAUCAUGAAAAGAAUUUUGUAUUUGGGAAAUACAUUAAAUCAAGGAACUGCUAGAGGUUCUGCAGUUGGUUUCAAGUUGGACAGCCUAUUGAAACUCACUGAUACACGAGCUUCUAACAGCAAGAUGACUUUAAUGCAUUAUCUCUGCAAGGUUCUUGCCUCUAAGUCACCAGACCUUUUGGAUUUUCAUGUGGAUCUUGUUAGUCUUGAGUCUGCAACGAAGAUACAAUUGAAGUCUUUAGCAGAAGAAAUGCAAGCCAUUUUGAAGGGACUCGAAAAGGUUAAGCAAGAACUCGGUGCGUCUGCAAAUGAUGGCCCUGUGUCUGAAGUUUUCCAUAAGACGUUAAAUGAGUUCAUCGGCUUUGCUGAGUCAGAAGUGAUGUCUGUAAACAAUCUGUAUAAUGUGGCGGGUAGAAAUGCUGAUGCAUUAGCUCUAUAUUUCGGUGAAGAUCCUGCUCGUUGCCCUUUUGAACAAGUUACUCAGACCCUUUUAAACUUUGUGAGGCUUUUUCGGAAAGCUCAUGAAGAAAACUGUAAACAGGCUGAAUUAGAUAAAAAGAAAGCUCAAAAAGAGGCUGAAAUGGAGAAAGCAAAGGGUGUUAAUUUAACAAAGAAAGGCGAAAAAUAAGCUGAACGGGAUUUAUUUAUACUUCAUACGAUCCGGUCGGGUCGGAUCAGGUCAGAUCAACGCAUGCCCAAUGCUAGCCACAGCCACAAGUGAAGUGAACCAUGUGGCUGCAUGCACAAAACCUGUGUUGUAAAUACAACACUGGGCACGCUGCAGAUGUUCUCAGGGAAAUAUGAAACUGAUGUGACCGUAAAUCCAAUUUUCAGUUGACCACACUGAUGGCGGUUUGACCUUUGAAAUAACUAGGGUCCAGCCAUAAGAAGUGUGAACCGGUAACAAUGUAGAGUACAGUGUACAUAUAUUUCUAACCGCAUAUACAUAUACUAACAUUGAUAUUUGAUUUAGAAUAGAACUGACCAUGAAAUUUGUUGUAUAUAAGAUUAGGUUGACUAUAGAUAGGCUAAUUGUUGUAAACAAUUGUGAGAGAAGGGGCAAAUUAGACUCAUUUUGUUGAUUAUCAAAUGGAAAUAUUUUUAAAGUAGUUUGUGUU